AUGAGGAAACGCGUGACAUGUUCGCCGUCUCCGACGCACCGCGCGCAACAUCCUCGGUAGGAUUUUAACGCAGCCCAAUUCUUCGCCUCUGUGUAUGAUCUGCCUCCCGUCGGAAGGUACGGAGCAGGUUUCUGAAGUCACGCCCUCCAGCAUCGCAAGCGUGUACAAUCGGCAAUAUGCACCUUUCAACUGCUCUCAUCGGAGGUCUGAUCUUCUGCGCAACCCUAUGCAACGGCACGCCAGACAGGGCAUCCCAGACAGGCGACGACAGUUACGCUUCGGAUCCAGUUUUUGCUACCGGCUGUACGUGGAACUUAAGAGCCCGGGUCCCUGACGAUGGAGAGUCGCUCGCGCCAAAAAAUGUGCAACGGCGAGCAGUCACCCCACAGUUGGAUUACCAGUCGUUUGAUGGGACGGGGAACAACAAAGUUCACCCGAAUUACGGAGCUGAAUAUCAGAUUUAUUUGAGGCCGCACCCGGCGAACUAUGCGGAUAACAACACGACUCCAACAAACGGACCAAAUGCUCGACUUAUCUCCACCAACGGCCUUGGAUCCGCACCAUACGUGUACACUUCCAUGUCGUCGUCUGAUUUGCUCCCGAUGUGGGGUCUCUUCCUCCAUACCGAGCUUAGUGGGCCCAUGGACAAUGAAUCCGACCCUUUUCCGAUACCUGUCCCCACGGGCGACACCGUGUUUGACCCCUACAAAUUCGGCAACCUCAGCAUACCGUUUCUAAGAAAGAGGUUCGGCGGCGUUGAAGUGGUGCAGGGCAAGCACGGACCGCAACUCGCGCGCAAAAUCAUCAACGAAUUUACUGCGUUCAUCGAUGGGACGGGACUGUAUUCGCCGACGGAACAGGGGUGUAAUGAGCUUAGAGGCGAUAACGGGUUGUUGAAGUCGGUGAACUAUACCGUCUUGGGAGAGGCGCCGCCUAUGGAAAACGGGUUCUUCAAGUUUCCCCUGGGUGUCAUUAAUCUGGUUCCGCAUUUGACGGUCACAUAUAUCCUACUCCUGCGCGAACACAAUCGGCGAGCGAGACAAAUUUUCGCAGUCCACCCAGACUGGACGAGCGAUCAAGUCUUCCACAAGGCCCGGCGGUGGAUGAUUGCAACCAUGCAGAGGAUCACCAUGAGCUACUAUUAUCCCACACUGGUCGGCGAGGCGCCACCUGCAUAUACCGGCUACAAUCCGGAAGUCAACCCGCAGUUGGAUCUUGCGCUUAUGAAUGUCGCCAUGCGGUACGGGCACAGUUCCUUGAACGCUGUCAUCCAACGCUUUGGUUCCGACGGUCAUCCGGUCCACCAGGGGCAUCUGCUACUCGAAGACUCCUUUCUGGGAGACAACAUGGCAGCGCUUCUGGACGUUGGGCUGGACCCAUACUUGCGCGGUUUUGCCGCGCAGCCAGAACAGGAAGUAGACGAUCGAUACGUGCCCAGUGUGCGCAAUAAGCUCCCGCUUGGGGGAACCCACCCCUUCGAUCUCGUGGCGACGAAUAUCCAGAGGAAUCGGGAGUUGGGACUGGCAGACUACAACACGCUUCGGGCGCACUACAACUUGUCGCGGGCUACAAAGUGGGAGGACAUUACCGCUGAUACGGCCCUGCAGAGUCGGAUGUCAGCGUUAUAUGGGACGUCGAUGGACAAUAUUGACGGUUAUGUUGGUGGCGUAAUGGAAGACGCCAACAGAGGCAAAGCCAUCCUCGGCCCUCUCUCCUGCGCCAUCGUCAAAGAAAACUUCAUCCGAAUCCGGGACGGGGACCCAUACUGGUACGAGAACCCGGGCGUCUUUACCGACGCCGAGCUCGCCGAGAUCAAAUCCACAGUCAAGCUGGGCAACCUCGUCAAAUGGAACACCAACAUCACGGAUUACCCCGACAACCCGUUCGUCAUCGGCGACCUCGUGUCCGCGUCGGCGGCGAAGGCCGUGAGCAAGGCAGCGGUGUCGGUGAUGGGAGUGACGACGCUGUCGUGGGCGAUUGAGGGCGAGAGGAUCGAAUUUGUGGUUGAGAGCAAUGCGGAGGGGUGGUUUGGGUUUGGGUUUGGGGAGAAUAUGUUGCCGGCGGAUAUCUAUCUGUUUUAUCAGAAGACGCCGGGUAAUUGGGUGGGGCAGGACUCGUACAGGUAUGCUCCGAUUGAACGUUUAUGUGUUUCGACUAUGGUGUGCUGACUUGUGUUGAUAGCUCGAAUACAGCUAUUCCAUCCCCCGACACAUCUGUGGGAGGCACGGACGACAUGAUCAACUUCACGCCAGUAACCGCAACAAAAUACAAGCACGCCUUUAAGUUCUCCCGGCUCUUAAACACCAAGGACCCCCG